AUGGAACCAAUUAGGAAAGACAUGGAACUGCUAAGUAACAGCAUGGCGACCUAUGCUCACAUCAAAGGUAAGACCCCCUUGUUAUUUCUGCUUAUAGUUCCAGGAUAAAGGGACCCUUUGUUCAUUAUUUUUUAUAUAAAAUUGUCUUAUUCUUUAUCUUUCAUUUUGAUGCUUUGAGAAUUCCUUCCCGAACGAGCUGCAACCUCUUGAGUUUAACCAUAAUCCGUUCCAGGGACUUAUAUGUCCUGUUUGCUUUGGCUUGACCCCCCCUGAACUGUGAAAGUGUCUACAUGCUUACCCUUAGGUCCUCACUUCGUGCACCCCCUAUUACAGCUAAAGGAAAGUGGCUUUUUAUACAGUCAGAAUAAAAAGACACGGGGCCUUUUCCGCUCGUGCUCAUUGUGAAGACAUUAGACAGGAAACGGAUACCCAACAAGGCAUUCUCAAAGCACGGACAAUUCACACGCUGUUGCUGUAUUUAGUAUGAACGAGACUGCGAAUGGCCCUAUUGAACCCCUGUCAAUGUGGGUGAUAGCCUCUAAACGCGCCUGAUCUCACAAGCUCACAGUCAGUGUGGUUUCACGAGGCUUUGUAGGUGAGGGAUCUAACAACCUGUUUUUCCCAUCCAGCCAACCCAGAGAGCUUUGCUCUGUAUUUCAUGAUGGGUGUGUGUUUUGGCCUGCUCCUGGCCCUGUGCCUCCUGGUCACCGGCAUCACCUGUAGGACCCGCCGCGCCAAGAAGCCAGCCCCCUCCCCAGAGAGGAGACAACUGAAGGAGUCCAGCGAAGAAGAAGAGGAGGAGGAGGAGGAGGAGAGUGUGGAUGUGGAAGAAGGGGAGGAGGCAGAGAUCCCUAAAGUGACGGUUGCGCCCAUGAGCGACCGCAGCAGCCAAUCAAACGGUACUUUGAGGAGCGUGAACGUGUUUGCGUCGGCGGAGGAGCUGGAGAGGGCGAGACGACUGGAGGACAGAGAGCGCAUCGUCAGGGAGAUCUGGAGGAACGGACAGCCAGAUAUACUGACCACUGGGACGGGGACCAUCGGACGGGUACACUAUCAUUAACAGACUAAUGUGACUUAAGGACCUAAAACAUAUAGUCUUAACCCUGAACUAAUAAGGGUUUAUCUACUCCAGGCAGAGACUGUAGAGGACUACUUCAUUGGGCACAGAUUCCCCUUCAUCUUUUAA